AUGUCGUCAAGUAACAGAGACCUGUUAAGAAUAUUGGUGUCAUUAAGGGAGCCAGAUGAGCCAAAGAAUGCAUGUCAUAUCCACAUAUCCUGUGACGCCACCGCUUCAAAAAACAAAUCAUUAAACCGUCAAUCGUUUUUUUUCCUUCAAUUCAUCAAGAUGAACUUGUCUCGUGUCACCAUUCUCUUUCUCGCUAUUCUUUUUCAAGAAACCCUAUUUUUAGCCAUGGGAGACAGAGAAUUCAUAGAGAACACAUGCAAGGGCACACCUUCAUACAACUUAUGCCUUUCGAUUUUAUUGGCAAACCCCAAGAGCCAAGAUGCAAAUUUAACAGGCUUAGCACUCAUCGUAGUUGAUGCAGUAAAAAACGAAGGUGUGAAAACCCUACAACAAAUCCAUGCUCUCAAAAAGUCUCUGCCCGAGUUGACAGCAACACUGAUGCAGUGUGGAGAUGUGUAUAACACUAUAAUGCAUGUGAAUGUUCCUUUAACCAUUAACGCAUUGAAUCUUGGAAACCCUAAAUUCGGCGAAGAUGGAAUGGCUGAUACCACUAUCGAGUCGCAGACAUGUGAGAGGAGUUUUAAGGAGCAUGGUCAAACAUCACCGUUGACGAAUAUGAAUAAAGAUAUGGAAGAUGUGGCUAAUGUAGCUAGGGCCAUUAUUAGAAUGCUUUUAUAA